AUGGUUGGCCUUAUCGCUGACGCUACGAUGGACCCUGGUUCAGCUUCAAGUAGCUUGAGGGCUUCUGUGGUUGAGUCGUUCAAGAUUGACCAGGUUUCUGUUUGGAAAAAUUUUGUGGCCCAAACUGGAUUGAAAUUCAAAGGUCUUCGUCGUGUGCAUUACUUUCGAUUUUGUUUGAGACAGGAUUUGGGAGCUGAUGUUUUGGACAAUGUGGCAGAGCUUGAGGAUUGGAAACGUCGAUAUCAACCACAUCCAGAAGACAUCUUUCUGGUCACGAAGCGCUGGCUCGCAGAUACAGAGAUUUCCAGGGCCAUUGCGGUUUUUCCAGCUUCGAAAGCCAAAGAGCUUCGAAAUGGUCUUCAUCCACCGGCAGGGUUGGCCCCUCGAAGGACCAUUACUGAGAAGGUGAAAAACAACAUCAAAAAACGGAUACCACCUCUUCGCCAGAAAGGUGAAAUUUCGAGGGAGUCAGCUGAUUACUUGUUGCAGUGGUCGUCGGGAACUUUGCCACAAACACCCAAACCUGCAGCUUACUCACUUUUGAGGUAUCGCUACAAUGAAUCAAUGGAUUCAGAUCUUUAUGUCCCUGGGGCAUGGACCACUCCUCACAGAGUCAACCAUUUUGAUUUGACAUUGAGGGAAUGUGAUGAUGCAGCUGGAAGCGAUGACAGUUCGGAAGAUGAUGAAGGGGCCAUCGAUUUGGGCAAUGGCAUGGAUUGCCACCGUGCUGAUGAAGUCUUGCUGGCUUCCGAUGAGGAGCAGGGGGACCAGCUAAAAGCAGCUCCACCUCUUGAACACAGCGUUUGGGGCUUUGUGGAUGCUUUCUGCAACUCGGAAAAGUUUGCGGAUCUCAGGCAACGUGUUGACAAGACGUGGCGAAGCUGCCCAACCGUGAAAGUUGGCAGUUUGUUUUCGGGAUGGGGUGUCUGCGAGAUGGUGCUUCAAGAUAUUGAAUCUCGUUGGGAUGCUCACUGCCCGGAUGCAGGCUAUCAAUUCCAGGCGGAACUUCACUUCAUGUGCGAGAACGACAAGCGGAAGCAGGAGUAUCUCAGGUACUCCAACAUGAAAAAGCGCUUGGAAAAGCUCGGCUAUGUGAUCGCAGCCGCGGAAUGCAAUGCCGCGGAUUUUGGGGUACCACAGCAACGUCGCCGGGCAUGGGUUCUUGGUAUCCUAAAGUCCGAGUUGAAGACUAACUCUGAACAGUUGAUUGCCGACUUGAACACCUUCAAGUGCAAGAGUUUGAGCUUGCUUUCAUGCAUCGAUUUGAAGAAGGUACCCCCAAAUUCUACAACCAAAGGUGGCAAGACCCAAGAGGAGAACAACAAAUGGAAGGAUGGUUUGAAGAAACAAUGUGAGAAGUUUGGCAAGGCGAAGAUCAUGGAGCGCAUUCGUGUGCUCACUCCACUUGCGACUCCGUGCAGCGAACGAGAGGUUGCCAUCUUGGCUUGCGCGGUGGAAGAGCUGUGGGUGGAGCAUGACAUUGGACAAGCUCUUGGCAUGCGGCUUGCUCCCACCUUCGAAUCUGAGAUGGAUGAUGAUGAGCCGAUCCUCAAUGCAUUCCUCUUUGAUGAUGGUGGUAUGCGUGGGGUAGCAGCAGCGCUUGUUUGGUGUGGGCUGAUCUACUUUUGUGGCAGUUUGCCUGCAGACAAAGUGUGUGAUCCCCAAGUGGUUAGCCUGGCCCGGUCACUUUUGACCAUUCCGACCUACUACAGACAAGACGAACCAGAUCCAACUCGGGCUAUGAUCGGUCGGAUUAUCCGCCAGAACGUCGAAGCCAAGAAGUUGGCUGUGAGUUCCUUCGAGUGGUCGCAGAUUCUCGCCGGCAUGGCGAAGGAUGGUGAGAAAAUCACAGUGUCUCAAGCCGUGGAGAUUUACAACGCCUCUCCCGAGGUUCUUGCCCACGGGAUUGGCAGCGGCUCCAAGGACAAAACGGGCACUGGGUCUUUGCUGCUCGAUGGCAAGAAGCAGUACGCAAUCAAACAUUGGUUGCAGGGUACCUGCAAGCAAGCAAAGGAGCAAGUUCUGAUCAGUCUGCGUGAUGCCCCUUUCGCCUACGGGCCUUGGGGGGAACAACUCAGUGUGAUGAGCUUCCUCUUUUUGGAGAGUACAAUGGAUCUCAUGGCUUCCCCAGACUGUGGACUUGUCGCAGGAGCCAGUGAAGCCAGUAUCCCCUUGGACUGGUCGUUGCCGCUUGGUGAAGAUGCUCAGGCCAAUCUGUUCUACCGCAUUCGGACAGGCUUUGAGAAGAGCACAGCAAUCAUUGACAACCCGGCUGACAAAAAACGGUAUCGGAAGUCAGAGGAGGAGUUGCAGCAGCUUAGGAACUUGAUGGCUUUGUGGUCCCAAGUGCGAGCCUUCUGCUCGACUCGUCUUUCCAAGUUUGCUGAGUUUGAAAAAGCAGUGACCCAGGGAAACACCAAGGACUUUGAGCUGCGAGAGAUCUUGGACCAACGUCCUGGCUCUUUCUGCGUGUCAAUGCUCGCGAGCUACCAGAAGCAGGCUAUGGAAGAGGUCUUGGCAGCUGAAGAGGGUGCAACUCUAGAAGUUGAGACGGAACGUUUGAAGGUUCGUGACGCCAGAUGGUCAUGGUUCAAAGGUGCUUUGGAGCGAGAUCAAGCCCUUGUUCGUCAAAUUGGCUCUGCUCCGGACAAGAUUGCGGCCUUGAGGCAUCGCAAGCAGAUGGCAUGGCGCUUGAUCCAGGCCAAGAAUGGUGAGAAGUUGGUGCGCAACUACAUGGAGAAAUUCCUGCGCACUGAGUUCGUUGCCAAAGCUCAAACAUCUGGUCGACCAGACACCGACAUCUACAUGAUUGGCAUUGUGGACUUGAAUGUUCCUGGGGCAAAGGCCUCCGACAGGAUCAAUGAGCUGGCCCAAUGCAUGCAGUUUCUCAACGACCUGGCUCCAGAGAGGCACGCGUGUUUGCUGGAAAUGGCUGAAUAUGCAAAGCGCAGCUCCAGGAGAGGCAUCAGCGACGAAGAGAGGGAGGUGGAGGAGGCUUUGUGGUCUCUUCGGCAAGUCCUGGACGUUCGGUGGGUGAUGCCGUUCAAUCUGCACCCGAGCGCUGAACAGCAGAGCAACAGAAGGCGCUUCAGCUUGGGACGUGUCGUGGGCAACAUCGAUGCACAGGACUCCAAUAUUUGGAUGACGUGCUCCGAGCUUUCUAUCUGCGGCAGGCCGUUGUCUGGGCAAUCAGUGCAGCUCCCACUCUCCAAGGAACUGAUCCUACCAGAAUCUCUUUCAGCUGAAGAUGACUUGAAGCAGGCUGAACGCCAGAGACCUUCCACGGAGACUGCAGCAGCUCAGAAGGGGGUGAGUCGAUGGAUCAGCCUCUUGGAAUCGAUCCUGACCAUCACUGGUGACAGCUUCAAGGACAAGUGCGUGAUUCUUUGCAACUUCACGCCCUAUGUUGAGGAUGCUUUCUCCAUGCGGCUCCAAGAGAGGGAGUUCAAAGGGGGAUUCAACACGAAGAACCUCUACUACCUGUCGGUAUCCUGGCUUCAGAAGGAUCAGUUCGGUGCUGCUCGCCUUUGCCGUGAAGUCACGGAUGCGUGGUGCCAGAAAAAGUUCAAGCAUGCUGGGCAAGAGUUUACAUCAGAUGCUCCUGAACUCUCAAAUCAAGAGAUCGAAGCAGUUCCAGGUGGAAAGGCUUCUUUGGGGCAGCUUGAUCAAAUCAAGUUUGAGAUCCUGGAACGCACUACGGGUGACAAGCUUAGCAUCAAGGCUGACGAGCACAAGUAUUGGAAUUCUCAGGGGGGCGAGAUUUCUGAGACCUACAACCAGUUGCGUGCAAAGCACCUGGAACUCAUUGGGCAGCAAAAUUCGAUUGCAGGACCUGAGGACCCAUCUACUGCCCCGCCAGUCGAAACCAAUGUGGAGGAUGAGUCAGGGGAUGUCACCAUGGAGAGUCUUGCCAAGUUAGAAGAGAAACAUGGGGUGGAACAGAAAACAACGAGUGAAGUGAACAAUGUUGAGAUCCUACGUUGCAAGGAUUCAUCGGUGUGGUUGCUGUCCAGUCAGGACAAAACUCUUGCCAAACAUACCAUCUUAGGAGGGUAUGGCACGGGACAGUGGGUCCCUGACAGCGAUGAUUCGCCUGGCGUGCCGUUCAGCAUCCCCGAAGGUGACAAAACAACAAUCCAACUCGAUGAGGUGAGUUUCAACCCUGAAGCCCAAGGUGUUUCUACCAUGUCUCUCUUCAAAAUGCUUGUCCGUGCUGAACGGGAGAAAGGCUUGACUCAGCACAGAGUCUCCUUCCUCUCCAUUGAGCGCAAAGUGGAUGGUGCCAUCGAGGCCGGCCAAGACGGAUUUGAUGUGAAAGUGAAAUUGCCGCAGAAAUUCAAAUGCAUGCGAGACCCAAGAGCUACUGAUAGUAGCCAGGAAAAGAUUUCGAUGAAGAAUAUCUUUGCAAAGGCUUUGGGGUCCACUCAUGGAAGCCAACACAUCAUGCAUUUGUUUCGGUACAGGUAUGAGAAGAUUGGCCAAAAUUUCAAAAUCCAAAGGCCGUACGUGGUUACCAAGCGGGGCAUUACCCUCAAGAAGGAUUGCCCACUCAAAGUGUCUGGUAGUUCUUAG